CUCAUCAAGCUACCCAUCCACCUCUCCCAAGCUCAGACUCAGAGGGCUAGCCAUGGGGCAGCGUGACUGCUGCGACUGCGACUGCGACGACUGCUGCAACUGCAGCUGGACAGCAAUCAUCAUCUGGGUCGCCAUCGGCAUCGUACUCACGGUCGUCCUCAUCGUCCUCAUCCUCGCCUUCGCCGUCAUCAAGCCGCCCAAAGCCACCGCCGACGACGCCCUCCUCACGCGCUUCUCCCUCUCCCCGUCCACCAACGCCUCCACGCCCCAGCUGCAGCUCCUCUCCUACAACGCCACCGUCACCAUCUCCCUGCGCAACCCCAACAUGUACUACGGCAUCAGCUACAGCGACCUGGCCACCGUCUUCUCCUUCAACGGCACCAAGUUCGACGAGCUAGGCACCGUCCGGGCCUUCGACCAGGGCGCCAAGAAGACCACCGCCGUGCGCCUAACGGUCGGGGGAGUCGCCAAGGCCCUGCCCAAGCUCUCGGCGGCCGGCCCGGCGGAGUUCAGCAAACAAAAGGAGGCAGGUACGUUCCAGAUCGAAGCGAGGCUCGACGGCGUGAUGCAGUACAAGGGCCGCAGCAAGAAGUGCCCCGUCGCCGUCAUCUGCCCGCUCAAGCUGCAGCUUGUCGACCCGGACGUCGCCGCCACCGCCUUCCAGCAGACCAAGUGCACCAUCCUCAGGGCCAAGACCUCCGGAUGCUAGCCUAGGUCCUAGCCGUCGCCAUUGAUUGCUUUCAUUUGAUUCGCUUUCCUGCUGUACAAAGAGCAUCUUAAAUAUUAC